CGGGUGCGCGGGGGUGUGUGUGUGUGUGUGAGAGUGUGAGCGAGGCCGCGCGUCUCUCUCCUCCUCCCCCGGUACCUGCCGCCCGGACCUGCGGGAAAUGCGAGAGGCCGAGCUGAGCGGCCCCAGACGCAGCCGGAGCCGGAGCCGGAGCAGCCCCCCGGGACCAGCAGCAGCAGCAGGAGGAGGAGGAGGAGGAAGAGCGGGAUCCAUGCGUCUUUCCCGGUGACUAGGAUGUCGUCGGAGGAGGACAAGAGCGUGGAGCCGCCGCCCCCCGAGGAGCCCGGCGCCCCGGCCCCCAGCCCCGCAGCCGCAGACAAAAGACCUCGGGGCCGGCCUCGCAAAGAUGGCGCUUCCCCUUUCCAGAGAGCCAGAAAGAAGCCUCGAAGUAGAGGAAAAACUGCAGUGGAGGAUGAAGGCAGCAUGGAUGGGCUGGAGGCAGCAGAAACAGAAAACACUGUGGAAACAGAAGUCAAAGAACAAUCUGCAGAGGAGGAUGCCGAAACAGAAGUGGACAGCCACAAACAGCUAACACCCGUUCUUCAACGUUCAGUGUCUGAGGAGUCUGCAAGUUCCACCGCCUCUGUUGGUGUCGAAGCCAAAACCAGUGAACAACUCUGUGCUUUUUGUUACUGUGGUGAACGAAGCUCAUUAGGACAGGGAGAAUUGAAACAAUUUAGUCCAACACCAGGAUUUAUCACCCCAUGGAAAAAUCACCCUCUGAACAAGAAGGAUAGCAGUGACAGCAGCGACGGAGCCUAUGAGAGAAUUCAAAACUCAGUGCCACGCAAACAAAGAGGACAGAGAAAAGAGAGAUCUCCUCGACAGAGCAUAGCAUCAUGCACAAGUGUGAGCACCCAAACUGCUUCUGACGAUCAGGCUGGUAAAUUGUGGGAUGAGCUCAGUCUGGUUGGCCUUCCAGAUGGCAUUGAUGUCCAAGCCUUAUUUGAACCCACAGGUCACUGUUGGGCUCAUCGCCGCUGUGCGGAGUGGUCGCUGGGAGUAUGCCAGACCGAAGAGCAGGUAUCGGUGAACGUGGACAAAGCUGUUGUCUCAGGGAGCACAGAACGAUGUGCAUUUUGUAAGCACCUUGGAGCCACUAUCAAAUGCUGUGAAGAGAAAUGUACCCAGAUGUACCAUUACCCUUGUGCUGCUGGAGCAGGCACAUUUCAGGAUUUCAGUCAUUCCUCCCUUCUUUGUCCAGAACACAUUGACCAGGCUCCUGAACGAUCUAAGGAAGAAGCAAACUGUGCAGUAUGCGACAGUCCUGGAGACCUCUUAGAUCAGUUCUAUUGUACUACAUGUGGCCAGCAUUACCACGGAAUGUGCCUGGAUAUAGCAAUUACACCAUUGAAACGAGCAGGUUGGCAGUGUCCUGACUGCAAAGUGUGUCAGAACUGCAAGCACUCUGGAGAAGAUAACAAGAUGCUCGUGUGUGAUACGUGUGACAAGGGAUAUCAUACUUUUUGUCUUCAACCAGUUAUAGAUUCUGUACCAACAAAUGGCUGGAAAUGCAAAAACUGCAGGGUGUGUGCAGAGUGUGGUACUCGAACUAGCGCUCAAUGGCACCACAAUUGUCUAGUGUGUGACAGUUGUUACCAACAGCAAGAGAGCUUAUCUUGUCCUUUCUGUGGAAAGUACUAUCAUCCAGACUUCCAGAAAGACAUGCUGCAUUGUCACAUGUGCAAAAGGUGGAUUCACAUAGAAUGUGACAAACCAACAGACACGGAAUUAGAAUCUCAGUUAAGAGAAGAAUAUAUCUGCAUGUUUUGUAAGCAGUUAGGUGAUGGAGAACCAACACAAACAUGUGAAGAAAUGGAAACAUCAGAACUGGUUCCCCACGCUGCUGCAGAUUGUACUAAUGAAAUGGAAGUUGAUGGAUCUUCAGAGGAAAUCACAUUUCUGGAACCUGCAGUUAACGAUGUCAAUCCAGAAACAGCUGCUGGAAUUGUUCCAGAUGCAGCUCUCCAAGUUUGUGCUUCAGAACAGGCUGAUAUCAAGAGUGUUAAUCCACCAAAGGGAUUCAUUUCAAGCAGUUCUCAAAUUUCUGUGUCACCAUUUACACAGUCCUCCCAGGAAAUCAAGAAUUCUGCACCAGAAACUGAGCUAGCUCACCAGGAUGAUACUGAUGAAAUGGAAAUGUCUCCCAAAGUGACCCAAGUAUCUGAUAGCUGUCCAACGGGGAACAUGGAAGCAACAGAAAACAUGGAGGCUACGAUACUGGAGAAAAGCACCCUGCAAGGAGAGGAACCACAGCUGCUGCAGCCAGGUCCUGGGGCAGGAGUCCCCACAGAGGAAUUGUUGACCACCAAUGCAGCAUCAGAUGUCUCAGAGUCCUUGUGUGAUGAGCCCUCUCUUCCCACAAAGGAACCGUCGGAGAGAGAGAAAGGGCAAGGAGAAACAGAAAGGGCUGAAAACCAUGAAAACUCUGAAGCAUCAGCUGCUUUGGUGGAAACAGAAACCGUUCUUGCCGGUGAUACAAGUUGUGCAAAGGUUUGUUCCCCCACGGGAGACAAACCCACAAAAUCACCAUCAGAGACAGAUUCAUCAUUUUCCUCAGCAGGAGAUCGAAGCAAGACAAGCGUUUCUUCCUCUCCAGCGGUUUCUCUAGAUUUGCAUUCUGCACAUGAAGUGCCACCCAGUCAGCCUCCAAAACUGAAGUCUUCUGCUGGAAGUAUCCUGCCAACAACAUAUAUAUCAGUCACUCCAAAAAUUGGCAUGGGUAAACCAGCUAUUACCAAAAGGAAAUUUUCUCCAGGUCGUCCGAGGUCAAAACAGGGGGCUUGGAGUACCAAUAAUACAGUGAGCCCACCUUCCUGGUCCCCAGACAUUUCAGAUGGUCGGGACAUUUUUAAACCCAGACAGCUUCCUGGCAGUGCCAUUUGGAGCAUCAAAGUGGGUCGUGGAUCAGGAUUUCCCGGGAAACGGAGACCACGAGGCGCAGGACUCUCAGGACGUGGUGGCAGAGGCAGAUCAAAACUGAAAAAUGGAAUUGGAACCAUUGUUGUUCCAGGGGUCACUAAUAUGGAUAUGUCAUCCAAUAAGGACGAAGAGGAAAAUUCCAUGCAUAAUACAGUUGUCCUAUUUUCUAGCAGCGACAAGUUCACUUUACAUCAGGACAUGUGUGUGGUGUGUGGAAGCUUUGGCCAGGGUGCGGAAGGAAGGCUACUUGCUUGUUCUCAGUGUGGACAGUGCUAUCAUCCUUACUGUGUCAGUAUUAAGAUCACUAAAGUGGUACUCAGCAAAGGCUGGCGGUGCCUGGAGUGCACAGUUUGUGAGGCCUGUGGGAAGGCCACCGAUCCAGGAAGACUGCUCCUCUGCGAUGACUGCGACAUCAGCUAUCACACCUACUGCCUGGAUCCUCCCUUGCAGACCGUUCCCAAAGGAGGAUGGAAGUGCAAAUGGUGCGUGUGGUGCCGACAUUGUGGAGCAACAUCCCCAGGUCUAAGAUGUGAAUGGCAAAACAAUUAUACACAGUGUGCUCCGUGUGCAAGCUUGUCUACCUGCCCAGUCUGCUAUCGUAAUUAUAGGGAAGAGGAGCUUAUCCUGCAGUGCAGACAGUGUGAUCGAUGGAUGCAUGCCAUUUGUCAGAAUUUAAAUACAGAAGAGGAAGUAGAAAACAUAGCUGAUAUUGGUUUUGACUGUACCAUGUGCCGGCCCUAUAUUCCUUCCACAAAUGUGCCUUCCUCAGAUUGCUGUGAAUCAUCAAUUGUAGCACAGAUCGUUACAAAAGUAAAAGAGCUAGAUCCACUGAAGACCUAUACACAAGAUGGAGUCUGUUUGACAGAAUCAGGGCUAUCUCAGUUACAGAGCCUCACAGUUACAGUUCCAAGAAGAAAACGAUCAAAACCAAAGCUGAAAUUGAAAAUUAUCAACCAGAACAGCGUGGCCGUCCUCCAGACGCCCCCAGACAUUCAGUCAGAACAUUCAAGGGAUGGCGAGAUGGAUGACAGUAGAGAAGGUGAUCUGAUAGACUGCGAAGGAAAGUCCGAUUCUAGUCCUGAACGUGAAGUGGUGGAUGAUGAUACUAAGGGAGCUGAAGGAGCUGACGGAGUCAAAAAAAGAAAAAGAAAGCCAUACAGACCAGGCAUUGGGGGCUUCAUGGUUCGUCAGAGAAGUCGUACUGGCCAAGGGAAAAAUAAAAGAUCUCUUACCAGAAAAGAUUCUUCAGGCUCUGUGUCAGAACAGCUUCCUAACCGAGAAGAUGGUUGGAGUGAGCAACUACCAGAUACACUGGCAGAUGAGUCUGUCCCCACUUCUGAAAAUACUGAGAAAAUAAAGAAAAGAUAUAGGAAAAAGAAGAAUAAGCUGGAAGAAACUUUCCCUGCAUAUUUGCAGGAGGCCUUCUUUGGAAAAGAUCUUCUAGAUAUGAGCAGACAAAGCAAGCUGAGUCUAGAUCACCUCUCAGAAGAAUCACCGCAGCUUUCAUGUAAAACAAAUAUGAACACAAAUUUUUUAGAUACAUCUUUGGACCCCCUACUUAGUUCCACCUCAACUCCAGCUAAACCAGGAACUCAAGGUAGUGCAGAGGACCCAUUAGCUGAUCUUUCAGAGGUUCUAAACACAGAUGAUGACAUCCUCGGAAUUCUUUCUGAUGAUCUAGUGAAGUCUGCAGAUCAUUCAGGUCUUGAUUUAUGCACUUUCCAGGUUGAGAACUCACCUUCCCCAUUUGCUGGACUAGAUAUUGGUCCCAUCUCUGAUGAUCCUUCCUCUUUGCCUCAGCCAAGCGUCAGUCAAAGUUCACGACCACUGAGCGAAGAACAACUUGAUGGAAUCCUCAGUCCUGAACUAGACAAAAUGGUCACAGAUGGAGCAAUUCUUGGAAAGCUGUAUAAAAUUCCAGAGCUUGGAGGAAAAGAUGUUGAAGACUUGUUUACUGCAGUUCUGAGUCCUGCCACUACUCAUCCAACCCCACUACCACAGCCUCCACCACCACCUCCACAGUUGAUUCCAUUGCACAAUCAGGGAGAGAGUGUCUUUUCGAGAAUACCCCUUAUGAAUGGCCUUAUCGGACCUAAUCCGCAUCUCUCUCAUAACCCGCUGGCACCUCCAAGUGGAUUAGCAACUUUCUCUCCUAUAACUCAGUCCCCAUAUACCGACACCAGGGAUAAAAAUCCAGCAUUUAAUCCAAUGGUGGGUGAUCCCAACAACUCGUGGACACCAUCCGCUCCCACUAUGGAAGGGGAAAGCGACACGAUGUCGAAUGCCCAGAGAAGUACACUUAAGUGGGAAAAAGAAGAGGCGCUGGGUGAAAUGGCAACAGUAGCUCCUGUGCUAUACACAAAUAUUAAUUUCCCUAACCUAAAGGAAGAAUUCCCAGACUGGGCUACAAGAGUGAAACAGAUUGCUAAAUUGUGGAGAAAAGCAAGCUCCCAGGAAAGAGCUCCAUAUGUGCAAAAAGCCAGAGAUAACAGAGCUGCUCUUCGCAUUAAUAAAGUGCAGAUGUCAAAUGAUUCCAUGAAAAGGCAGCAGCAGCAGGAUAGCAUUGAUCCCAGCUCGCGUAUAGACUCGGAUCUUUUUAAAGAUCCCCUGAAGCAGAGAGAAUCAGAACAUGAGCAAGAAUGGAAAUUUAGACAGCAAAUGCGGCAGAAAAGCAAGCAGCAAGCUAAAAUCGAAGCCACCCAGAAACUUGAGCAAGUGAAAAAUGAGCAGCAGCAGCAACAGCAGCAACAGCAGCAGCAGCAACAAUUUGGUUCCCAGCCGCUGGUCAACCAGUCUGGGUCAGACACCCCGAGCAGUGGGAUUCAAAGUCCCUUAACCCCGCAGCCUGGCAAUGGAAGUAUGUCUCCCGCACAGCAGUCAUUCCAUAAAGACCUGUUUACAAAACAACAGCUACCUGGUACGCCUACAUCAACAUCUUCCGACGAUGUAUUCCUCAAACCACAGGCUCCACCCCCUCCCCCAACGCCAACCCGGAUGCCAGUGCAAGAUGCCCUUUCACAGUCCCAGUCUUCACAGCCGCCGCCAUCGCCCCAGAUGUUUUCUCCGGGCUCCUCGGGCUCCCGACCGCCCUCGCCUCUGGACCCUUACGCUAAAAUGGUCGGCACACCUCGGCCCCCUCCGGUGGGUGCAAACUUUGCCAGGAGAAAUUCCAUCGCACCUUUGGAAAGCUGCGGGCCUCCGCCCUCUGCAGCUAGGCCAGUCCCAUCACCUGAAACCACAGGAAGGAGGCCGUCGCCAGUCAGAGAUUCGUGUUCUUCCUCUUCAGCGAGCAGUGACCCCUAUGCAAAAGCCCCAGACACCCCCAGGCCUAUAAUGACUGAUCAGUUUUCUAAACCCUUGGGGAUACCAAGGUCUUCUCUAGUGAUGGAGCAAACUGGAAAAGGCCCUUUAACAGCUGGAACCAAUGAUCCCUUUGCCAAGCCACCCCCUAGGACAGAAUUAUUUCCAAGGCAGCGGAUACCUGACCCGUAUGCCAGGCCGCCGUUGACUCCAGCUCCUGUCGAUGGCGGCCCUGGACCCUUUAAGACUCCAAUGCGCCCUCCUCAGUCACCCCAGGAUCCGUAUGGGUCCGCAGUGCCACAAACCCCAAGACGCAUCGCUGUGGACCCGUAUGAAAGGCCGGUCUUGACCCCGAGGCCGGUCGAGAGCUAUCCCCACAAUCCAUCCGGUGAUCCCUAUAGCCAGCCUCCCCUCACUCCCCAUCCUACAAUGAAUGAAUCUUUUGCCCACCCGCCAAGGAUGUUGCGACAACAGAGCGACUCUUUCUCUCAGCCUGGAACUAUGUCAAGGCCAACUUCUCAGGACCCUUAUUCCCAACCUCCGGGGACGCCUCGGCCCGUUUCCGAUCCUUAUUCUCAACCUCCUGGGACGCCUCGCCCCGCCCCUAUCGACCCGUACCUUCAACAGCCACCCACCCCGAGGCCACCCCCACAGCCGGUCGACUUAUUUGUUCAGUCUCCUGUCAGUCAGAGGCAUGCCGAUCCAUUUGUCCACCCCCCUGGAACACCUCGACCAGCUAUUCCUGGUCCUUAUUCUCAGCCACCAGCAACUCCGAGACCGGGCCCGGAAGGUUUCACGCGGUCCCCGAUGACCAGGCCAGGUCUCAUGGCCACUCAAGAUCCUUUCCUGCAGGCGGUCCAGAGCAGAGGGCCAGCUUUCGUACGACCGCCAGAUGGGUGCUCGCAACCCCCCAGGCCGCCGGGACCCUCUCUGUCGGAACCGUUUAGCCACGUCCCACUCUCCCCAGCCCGUGACCCCUAUGACCAGCCCCCGAUGACUCCAAGACCCCAGCCAGAAAAUUUUGGAACCGGCCAACUUGCUCAUGACGUGGCCGAUCAGGCGAGACCUGGAUCAGAAGGGAACUUCAGCGCGUCUUCGAAUUCUCCAAUGAACCCUCAAGGGCCGCCGUUCCCCACCGUUUCCCAAGUCCCCGGCCCAGCGUCGACUGCGGUCGUAACAGAUACCCAGAGCACAGUCAAUAUGUCUCAAGCCGAUUCUGACAAGCUAAGACAGCGACAGAAGCUCCGUGAAAUCAUUCUCCAGCAGCAGCAGCAGAAAAAGAACGCUGUCCGACAGGAAAAAGCACUGCAGGAUCCUGCAACAGCUCCUCACUCAGGUCCCCUGCCACACUGGCAGCCAGAGAACAUCUUUAAUAGGCCACCGCCCCCUUAUCCUGGGAAUAUCAGAGCACCUGUUCUUCCCCCUGGGGGACCCAGAUUUGGAGUUUUCCCCAAGGAUCCACGGGGACCUUUUCCUCCUGAUGUGACUGGCAUGGGAAUGAGGCCUCAUGGUCUUAGGUUUGGAUUUCCGGGGGGCGGUCAUGGCCCACCACCAGGGCAGGACCGUUUUCUUGUGCCUCCUCAACAAAUGCAAGGCCCAGCAGUUCCUCCACAACUUAGAAGAUCCAUGUCUGUAGACAUGCCUCGACCGCUGAACAGCUCACAGAUGAAUAAUCCCGUUGGACUAGCUCAGCAUUUCCCCCCCCAGAGUCUUCAGGUUCAGCAACAUAAUAUACUCGGUCAGGCGUUUAUUGAGUUACGUCACAGAGCCCCCGACGGUAGACCGAGGCUUCCUUUCAAUCCCUCCGCCGGCAGCGUUCUCGAAGCAGCAUCCCAGAAUCCGAGACACGGAGGCUUCAUCCCAAGGGCGGAGUUUCAAGGCCCACGACACCCCGAGCCAGCGAGGCCUAACCCUCCAGGCCUAGCUAAUCAGUUGCGGAUGCCCGCGAGUUUGGAACACAUGCCACAGUCUCAGGAGCAGGGCCCUCCGUGUCAUCCAUCUAAUCUGGUCAUGCGCCCUCUGAGUCACCCACCAGUAAAUGAGUUUGCAGGGGCUCCUCUGGCCCCUCCUACACCGGUAGAGCCACCAGGUCAUUUACAACUAGCUAGCCAGCCGUCUGAUGGGUUAGAAGAAAAACUUGAUCCCGAUGACCCCUCGGUGAAAGAUCUAGACGUCAAAGACCUAGAGGGAGUUGAAGUCAAAGACUUAGAUGACGAAGAUCUGGAAAACCUGAACCUAGAUGCAGAAGAUGGCAAAGGAGACGAGUUGGAUACGUUAGAUAACCUGGAGACGAACGAUCCCAACCUGGACGACCUCUUAAGAUCAGGCGAGUUUGACAUCAUCGCAUACACAGACCCAGAACUGGACCUAGGCGAUAAGAAGAGCAUGUUCAAUGAAGAACUGGAUCUGAGCGUCCCAAUAGAUGACAAAUUGGAUAUCCAGUGCAAAGCCGAGGAACCGAAAAAGAACGAGCAAGCUGACAAAACCGUCGUUUCUCCUGAUAAGCAGUCUCCCCAGAAGAAAGCCCCUGUGGUCAGCGAGAUAAAAACAGAAGUAAUGUCUCCAAAUUCACAAGAGGAAAUGAAAUCUGAAAAUGAAAAAAACGAGAGCAACGCCGACCCUGCAGGCACUCAGUUUUCUGCUGAACCCGAAUUGGCCGAAGGGAACAAGGGCUCUCCGCAGCCUGGCCAUCAAGAUUCAUCUGACAAGAGGAAUAAUCAGGAAACGGUCGGGCCUAGCACCAGUGGGGUUCAAGGCCCUCCUCAGAUACCUGCUCAGGAUGUGUUAAGUUCCUGUGGUAUGACUGGAUCCACUCCAGUGCUCUCAAGUUUACUUGCUAAUGAGAAAUCAGAGAGCACUGACGUCCAGCCAUUGGGCUCUCCAAACCAAUCUUUGCCGGCAACCCAGUCCAAUCAUGUGUCAGCUUUGCCUCCGACAUUAGUGGCCCCCACCGGGCAAGUGUUGGACCAUACAAUGAAUUCUAAUUUGACCCUGGCCUCCAGGGUAAACCGUGUUUUCCCCCCAGGGGUGGCCGUAAAUCCAGGAUUUAUCCAAGGCCAAUCAACAAGUCACAACUUCGGGGCAGGGCAGCCGGCCAACACGGCUGUGCCAGUAGCAAACCCACCUGGGCCCGGUGGCAUGUCCGGUCCACAGCAGUUAAUGCUUCCUCCAAAUUUGAGCCAACAAAGCAGAGAGAGACCCCUUCUUCUGGAGGAACAGCCACUUCUUCUACAGGAUCUUUUAGAUCAAGAGAGGCAAGAACAGCAGCAACAGAGACAGAUGCAAGCCAUGAUCCGUCAACGAUCAGAGCCGUUCUUCCCCAAUAUCGAUUUUGAUGCAAUCACAGAUCCCAUAAUGAAAGCAAAAAUGGUAGCUCUCAAAGGGAUCAAUAAAGUAAUGGCUCAGAACAAUAUGGGGAUGCCCCCGAUGGUGAUGAACAGAUUUCCCUUUAUGGGUCAGUCAAUGCCUGGAGCACAAAGUGGUGAAGGCCAGAACCUUGUACAGCAGGCAAUCACACAGGAUGGCAGUUUAACACCUCAGAUUUCUAGGCCAAAUCCUCCAAAUUUUGGUCCGGGCUUUGUCAAUGAUUCACAGAGAAAACAGUAUGAAGAAUGGCUUCAAGAGACUCAACAGCUUCUCCAGAUGCAACAGAAAUACCUUGAAGAGCAAAUUGGAGCCCACCGGAAAUCAAAGAAAGCUCUCUCUGCCAAGCAACGGACUGCCAAAAAAGCAGGCCGUGAAUUUCCAGAAGAGGAUGCUGAGCAACUGAAGCAUGUCACUGAGCAGCAAAGUAUGGUUCAAAAACAGCUGGAACAGAUUCGGAAACAGCAGAAAGAGCAUGCGGAGCUGAUCGAAGAUUAUCGAAUCAAGCAGCAGCAGCAACAGCAGCAGUGUGUCAUGGCCCCACCUGCCCUGAUGCCAGGAGUCCAGGCCCCGCCACCCAUGGUUCCAGCCGGGGCACCAGCCGCCAUGAAUCAGCAAAACUUUCCCAUGGUGCCGCAGCAGCUUCCCCAUCCGCAGCACGCAGGCCUCAUGCCCGGUCAAAGCAACGCCAUCCGAACACCAAAUUUACCCGGAUGGCAGCCUCCAAAUGCCCCUUGCCUCCCCGUAAAUGCUCCGAGAAUGCAGCCCCCGAUGGCUCAAAUGCCCAUGAAAGCCAACCCUCCUGCCCCAGGUCCAGGUUCCAAAGCAAAUCCACAGAGCGGGCCCCCUCCCCGAGUAGAGUUCGAUGACAACAACCCCUUCAGCGAAAGCUUUCAAGAGCGGGAACGUAAGGAGCGUUUACGAGAGCAGCAGGAGAGGCAGCGGAUCCAGCUCAUGCAAGAGGUGGACCGACAGAGAGCCCUGCAGCAGCGGAUGGAAAUGGAACAACAUGGCAUGAUGGGGGCCGAACUAAGCAAUAGGACUUCUUUGUCACAGAUACCGUUCUUUAACUCUGACUUGCCCUGCGAUUUCAUGCCUCCCCCAAGACCCCUUCAGCAGUCACCACAACACCAACAGCAAAUGGGGCCCGUGUUGCCGCAACAAAAUCUGCAGCCCGGCUCCGUGAAUUCACCCCCUACCCAAACCUUCCUGCCGGCCAACGAGAGGCGACCUGUGGGGCCGUCCCCAUUUGGGCCCGAUCCUCCCUCGGUUCCCGGAGGGGGCCCAAACUUCCAUCCGGUGAAACAGGCCCACGGAACGCUCUCUGGGCCCAGCUUCCAGCAGGCCCAGGUGAGGCCUGCCUUCCCCACCGGGCUACCAGCUGCACCCCCAAUAGCUGGUGGCGGCCCUUCGGGCGGUCAAGACCCUGCUAUGCCCCAUGGAGCAGGCUACCCUGGAUCAAGCCAGUCCCUCAUUCAGCUGUAUUCUGAUAUAAUUCCAGAAGAAAAAGGGAAAAAGAAAAGAACCAGGAAGAAGAGAAAAGAUGAGGAGACAGAGGCCGCCCCACAUUCAGACACGACUGCCCCACCGACUCCAAGUGUUUCUGAACCUACCUCCGCCCCAACUUUCACCACCCCCAGCGAGGUCACUCAACCCCAGGGAGAGCAAGAGUCGGGGGAGCUCCCAGGCUGCACCACUCCCAGUACCACGGUUGGCCAGUCGCCUUCAGAGGGGGAGACCCAACUCUCCAGCAGCGGAUUGCCACCAAGAAAAUUGCCUCAGCAGUCCGGUGCUAGCGCCGACAGUGCCCCCAUUUCGACAGAGGAGCCAAGCCAAGCACAGAAAGUCAAACUGGAAAAGGCCGACGCGGAGCAGGGCCCUGGUCAAGCCGAAACGAAACUGGAAGAUCAGAGCGGGGUUAAAGCCGAGGAGGUAAAAACUGUGGCGCUUUCUAUCUCUUCAGCCCAGAGCCCAACCCAAUCAGGGAGCAUCCCCCCAGCUAAAGGAGAAUCAGGGAAUGAACUGCUGAAACACUUGCUGAAAAAUAAAAAGUCGACCUCCGUGCUUAAUACCAAAGCCGAAGGCAGCCUGCGAGCAGAAGAGGAAUGUCCUGGGGGAAACAAAGUCAUUGAAAAGCAGAACCUUCCUGAAGGACUGCAAACUACAGGAAAUCAAAUUCAAGGCGGCUUUGGGGGUGGUAACAACCAGCUACAAAAAACUGACGGGGGAAGUGAGACAAAGAAACAGCGAAGCAAACGGACUCAGAGGACUGGGGAGAAGGCAGCACCGCGUUCUAAAAAAAGGAAAAAGGAUGAAGAGGAAAAGCAGUCUAUUUUCUCUAAUAAUGAGACCUUUGCCCAGUUGAAACAGCAACUCUCUCUGCUGCCUCUAAUGGAACCAAUAAUUGGCGUGAACUUUGCACAUUUUCUUCCCUAUGGCGGUGGCCAGUUAAACAGUGGUAAUCGACUGCUAGGGGCCUUCGGCAGUGCGACCCUGGAAGGAGUUUCAGAUUAUUAUUCUCAGUUGAUCUAUAAGCAGAAUAAUUUGAGUAACCCACCAACGCCCCCAGCUUCUCUCCCUCCAACUCCACCCCCUGUGGCUUGCCAGAAGAUGGCAAACGGCUAUGCAACCACCGAGGAACUUGCCGGCAAAGCUGGGAUGUUGGUGGGCCAUGACGUUACCAAAGCUCUGGGACCUAAACCAUUUCAGCUGCCUUUCAGACCACAGGAUGAUUUACUAGCCCGGGCCAUGGUCCAGGGUCCGAAAACAGUGGAUGUUCCAGCUUCACUACCAACACCACCUCAUAACAACCAAGAAGAGUUAAGGGUACAAGAUCACUGUGAUGAUCGGGACACUCCUGACAGCUUUGUUCCCUCUUCCUCUCCUGAAAGCGUGGUUGGAAUGGAAAUAAGCCGAUAUCCGGAUUUGUCUUUGGUCAAGGAAGAACCUCCAGAGCCUAUUCCAUCCCCCAUCAUUCCAAUUCUUCCAAGCAGUACUGGGAAAGGUUCCGAAGCCAGACGCAAUGACAUCAAAAUGGAGCCUGGGUCAGGCACAUUAUUCUUUGGGUCAGCAUUUGGACCAUCCCCAAACGGCCCCAAGUCCGGACUCAUAUCUGUAGCUAUUACCCUGCAUCCCACAGCUGCUGAGAACAUUAACAGUGUGGUGGCCGCAUUUUCCGACCUCCUGCACGUCCGAAUCCCCAACAGCUAUGAGGUGAGCAGCGCCCCUGAUAUUCCUUCCUCCAUGGGCUUAAUAAACAGCCACCGGAUGAAUCCGGGCUUGGAGUACCGACAGCACUUACUACUGCAUGGGCCUCCGGCGGGACCCCUGGGCCACCCGAGGCUGAUGGGAUCUUACCGACUGAAGCAACCCAAUGGGCCAUUUCCUCCCACAAACAAUGGUAUAGCCGGAUAUAAGGAUCACCAUCAAAAUAUGGGAGGUCACUCAGCCCUCAGACCGCAGUGGUGUUGUCACUGUAAAGUGGUAAUACUUGGGAGUGGCGUGCGGAAAUCUUUCAGAGAUCUGGCUUCUCUGAAGCAGGAUUCUAGAGAAAGCUCUGAUAGAAUGGAAAAGGACAUUGUCUUCUGUAGUAACAACUGCUUUGUUCUUUACUCAACAACAUCCCAGGCAAAGAACUCAGAAAACAAGGAAUCGCUUCCCUCCUUACCCCAGUCGCCAAUCAGAGAGACGCCCCCCAAAGUGUUCCACCAGUACAGCAACAACAUCUCCACCCUAGACGUCCACUGCCUCCCUCAGCUGCAGGAGAAAGCGUCCCCGCCCGCAUCGCCCCCCAUCGCCUUCCCCCCGGCUUUCGAAGCGGCCAGAGUGGAGGCCAAGCCGGACGAGCUUAAGGUGACGGUCAAGCUGAAGCCGCGGCUGAGAGCCGUGCACGGCGGCUCAGACGACGGCCGGCCCCUGAGCAAGAAGUGGAGGGGGAUGAAGUGGAAGAAGUGGAGCAUCCAGAUCGUGAUCCCCAAGGGGACCUUCAAGCCGCCCGGGGAAGAGGAGAUCGACGAGUUUCUGAAGAAACUGGGCACGUCCCUGAAACCCGACCCGGUGCCCAAGGACUACCGGAAGUGCUGCUUCUGCCACGAGGAAGGGGACGGGGUGACGGAUGGGCCGGCCAGGCUCCUCAACCUGGACCUGGAUCUCUGGGUCCAUCUGAACUGCGCCCUGUGGUCCACGGAGGUCUACGAGACCCAGGCCGGCGCCUUAAUCAAUGUGGAGCUGGCGCUGCGGAGAGGCCUGCAGAUGAAGUGUGUCUUCUGCCACAAGAUGGGCGCCACCAGCGGCUGCCACAGGCUGCGGUGCACCAACAUGUAUCACUUCACCUGCGCAAUUAAAGCACAAUGCAUGUUUUUCAAGGACAAAACCAUGCUUUGCCCCAUGCACAAGCCAAAGGGAGCCCACGAGCAAGAGCUCAGCUACUUCGCGGUCUUCAGGCGGGUCUACGUCCAGCGGGACGAGGUGCGGCAGAUAGCCAGCAUCGUGCAGCGAGGCGAGCGGGACCACACCUUCCGCGUCGGGAGCCUCAUCUUCCACACCAUCGGCCAACUGCUGCCGCAGCAGAUGCAGGCAUUCCACUCGCCCAAGGCCCUGUUCCCCGUGGGCUACGAGGCCAGCCGGCUCUAUUGGAGCACCCGCUAUGCCAACCGGCGCUGCCGCUACCUGUGCUCCAUCGAGGAGAAGGACGGCCUCCCCGCCUUCGUCAUCCGGAUAGUGGAGCAGGGCCACGACGACCUGGUCCUCGCCGACACGUCUCCCAAAGGUGUUUGGGAUAAAAUCUUGGAGCCCGUGGCGUGUGUCAGAAAAGAUUCUGAAAUGCUCCAGCUCUUCCCUGGGUAUCUGAAGGGAGAAGAUCUCUUUGGCUUGACAGUCUCUGCCGUGGCCAGAAUAGCUGAAUCGCUUCCCGGGGUUGAGGCAUGCGAGAACUACACCUUCCGCUACGGCCGAAAUCCUCUGAUGGAACUUCCUCUUGCCAUUAACCCCACGGGCUGUGCCCGCUCCGAACCUAAAAUGAGUACCCAUGUCAAGAGGUUUGUGUUAAGACCUCACACCUUGAACAGCACCAGCACCUCCAAAUCCUUUCAGAGCACAGUAACGGGAGAACUGAACGCGCCUUACAGUAAACAGUUUGUCCAUUCCAAGUCCUCUCAGUACCGUAAAAUGAAGACCGAAUGGAAGUCCAACGUGUACCUAGCUCGGUCUCGGAUUCAGGGUCUGGGCUUGUAUGCUGCUAGAGACAUUGAGAAGCACACCAUGGUCAUCGAAUACAUCGGAACCAUCAUCCGCAAUGAAGUCGCAAACAGAAAGGAGAAGCUUUAUGAAUCUCAGAAUCGCGGCGUGUACAUGUUCCGCAUCGACAACGACCACGUCAUUGACGCCACGCUAACAGGAGGCCCUGCGAGGUAUAUCAAC